CUUACCGCCUUUGUUGUCUCCGACAGGGCGUGAGAUGCGGCUCUUGCGCGCUUCCUACCUAGGUUAGCAGGUCCCGAACUCCGGAUGGAAGUCACACUCCACGUCCGGGUGGUGACGACAUGCCUCUUUUCCGUGGUUGCUCCACUGUAAAUUUUAGGUCACAGACUUCGGAUCAAACGACUGGCCUCCAUUCUCGACGAUAACCUCCAGCUGCUGCCCAACACCCAGCCAGCCCAUCCUCCGCUCGAUCCCCGACUACCAUCUUUCCCCAAGCAAACGCGACGUCCGAACAGACGACCACAUCAUAAUCACCAUGUCACCAGCGCCCACCACCAGCGCCGGCCCCGCGUCCUCGGGCAUCCCUCCCUCCUCUCUCCCCACAUCCACCGUCACCGAGAACGACACGAAACCUUCAUCCUCUUCCUCAACAGCCAACGAUCUCCUCCCGCGGUACCUAAACAACGACCCCGCCCGCACCGGCUACGACCCCUCCAUCCAAUGGUGGAUGAACUACUUCAAGAUCCUCACCGGCCAAAUCACGCCCGAGGGCGUCGAGCACUACCGGGAGGACCGGUACAGAGCCAACGAGGCGCGCGACUGUGCGCGGUGCGAGGCCGACCGGGACUGGCUGUUCCAGAACUCGCCCGUGGUGCGGUUCCUGCGCGAGAAGGUGGCCGACCUGAAUGGUGUUUUGGACGAGACCAAUGUUGUUUGUCGUCGGUGUCCGAGCCGGAUCGUGGUGAUUCCCGGAAACAAGGAGAAGGGAGAGGAGGACAGGAUAGAGGUUGCCAGACAGGGUGGUGGUUUCAGUCCUGAUCAUGGUAUCCUGCUGUGCGCCAAUGAGAUGCGGAAUCGAGGACACUUGGAGGAUACGCUGGCGCAUGAGAUGGUGCAUGCUUGGGAUCAUUUGAGGUGGAAGGUGGAUUGGUUUGGGGAGAAGAGUUUGAGGCAUGCUGCUUGUACUGAAAUCCGAGCAUCAAUGCUCAGUGGCGAGUGCAGAUGGACACGCGAGUCUAUUGUUAGAGGUAACUGGACGCUUACCCAACAAUUCCAGAACUGCGUACGUAUGCGAGCUAUACAGUCGGUCAUGGCACGGCCGACGUGCAAGGACGAUGUCCAUGCGACAAAGGUGGUCAACGAGGUCUGGGAUUCGUGUUUUUCGGACAAGAGGCCGUUCGAGGAGAUCUAUAGGUGAUCCCGAGGUUGUAUCGCGGAUGAAAGAGCGUUUUGUACCAUGUACUGCUGCUGCUACUGCUCGAUGAACAAUCAGGGCUUGUACAAUGAUGAUACCACUUCCACUUGAGGCCGCAGCUUUAACCUCGUUGCGCUAAUGUCCACAUUGGUUGAGCUUGUGAUACUUAAACUACAGUCAACGUCCAGUCCGUUACUCGCUAGAUGCCGGAACCUAGGUAUGGAUAGGCACAGAUAAACAACUCAUGAGCCCCUUUCGCCUUGAUAACUUGAGGCAGCUUGAUCUUGACCCU